UUCCCGGGCACCGUCGCCGUCGGCCGCGUCCAUCGGCGCCCGACGACGGGCGUCGCGCGUUCCGCGACGACGACGACGGCGCCGGCGGGACUCCCCGGCGACGUGUCCGCGACGCUUCGGUCCGGCCCGCGCGCGCGUGACAAAGAUGGCAUGUUUUCUCACGAGGGCCUUACGUAACUCCAGAAGCGCUCAACCCCGUCGCCGUUUCACCUUUCAGGUAAAAAAACACGGCUGCUCCAGGCUGCACCUGACCGCCAGGUACAACGAGUCGCGGGCGCGCGUCAAGUACGAGCCGGAUGGAAGGCUAUGCAGGGAUGUCAGACUCGUGUCCAGGUUUACGGGACUUAAGUAUUCGACAGCAUCACCGAAAAGCGAGAAGAGUCGGGGAUCGGGGACGCUGAUAACUCUAGGAGCUGUGACGAUAGGUACCUUAGGAAUACUAACGUAUGCAAAGCGAAACCCAGAAGUCCGAGCCACUCUCGAGGGAUGGAUUCCUGGCACAGACAAAGCCAUCCGGAUUAUCUUCCUAGAAGACUCCAGCUACUUCGACUUCGUACUUACGUUCUUCGAAACGUUGAAGCAGACGAUACUGGGCUUGUUCAUCAAGGAGACAUCGGAGCCAGAACCAGCGCCCAAACCAGCUUUUAAAUCACUGACCGAGCAGAAAGAAGCGUCUACUAACAAGAAACAUACCGAAAUCCGUGUUAGUAACGAGAAGAGUGAAAAAGUGGACGUUGUUACAAAGCCAGCGCCGCCUCCUAAAACUAUACGCGACGAAUUGAUGCCGCAAAAUCUCAUCGAGUUGGAAACGUACUGCGGCGAAGCGGCCGCUAAAGCUAUCGCGGCGUAUCACGGAGCGGUGUGCGCGCUUCAGGAAUACAAUAAGGAUGUUGUCAAUGUGGUUGAGAGUGGUGGCACCACGAUAAGCGGAGUCGUCUGGCAAAGGUUGAAGGAGGCGACGGAAAAGAGGAAACAGACCGUACAGCAGGCGGAGGAGCACGCGAAAGAUGCGUUGGAUUCUCUUAAACGCAUGUACACUCUAAUCGACGAGCCUAUGCUCGAAGCGGCCGCCCACAUGAAGACCGCCGCGAGGCGGAACAUCAAGAAGAUUAUGGACGACGUGGAUGAAGCCAAGAAGAAAUAUACCGAGGAGUUGCAGAAUUGUAACGUCACGGAGCGCUACUGGAAGCAGAUUCAGACGGCGCGAAACAACUUCAAUGAAGAAUUGCAAAUUCUGUUUCCCAAUAUAAAUAUUCAUGACAAGAAGCUGUCUGUCAGCGAAGAAGCCUUCGAUUUGUUCGUCCUGCAUAUGUAUCACAAAGUCAACAAUCUGCAAAAGGAGCUGGAGAAAUUAAGAACAGUCAGCGAAGCUAAAGUGAAGGCGGCACUGAGAACGACGGGUGAAGACACGACUCAGGAAAAGCUGGACGCGCUAAUAAGCCUCGCGCUCAACCAAGAGAGGCUCGAGCUUGAAGAUGUGCACGCGAAGAAGCUGCUGACGGAGCAGAAGACGCUCGACGACGAGAUGCGGCGGCAGUUGAAAUUGCAGUCGGAGAUACACGCCGAUCAUCUGCGAGAGGCACUUUCGGUCAAAGAGCAGGAAACGCAAAGGAUGCUGCAGCGCGCGCUCAACGACCAGGCCGACGCCGACGCCAUAAAGCACAAGACGCAGCUCGCAGAGGUAGUCGGAAGGUCACGUGCCGUCACAGCCGCUCUCAAAGCUCGCAUGGAGGAGGAGAAGGGUGCGUCGAAUGUACAGAUCCUUUGGGCGGCCUGUCAAGCCUUGGCUAGAACAGUGAGACUCGCGCCGCCGGGUGUACCAAAGGAUAAAGCAAUUAAACCGCUGGAACCCGAAAUUAAGGCUGUCUCCAGGGCAGCACCGAAGGAGGAUCCCCUGGUGCGCGCCGCUAUCCAGAGCAUUCCCGAGGAAGCGGCCAAGAGAGGCGUGUUCCCGGAGGAUACCCUCCGCGAGAGGUUCCUCAAGGUAGAGAGCGUGGCGAGAAGAUUAGCCAUGGUGCCUGAAGGCGGCGCAGCCCUGCCUAUAUAUCUUCUUAGUUAUCUUCAAAGUUUCUUGAUCAUCAAAACGGCCAAUUCAAUUCCGAAGAGGGAGCUUGAAGACGAGCCAAUCGACGUAGACUCGCUGAAUACGUACGACAUACUCCAGCGUGCCAGAUACUGGCUGGAUCGCGGCGACUUCAAAAUGACCCUGAAGUACAUGAAUCUACUCAAAGGUGCGCCCAGAAGCGUAGCCAGCGACUGGAUGAACGAGACGAGGAUCCUGCUGGAGACGCAGCAAGCGAUCGACACCCUGUUGGCGUACGCAGGUGCGACCGGUCUCCUGUAUCUCGGCGCCGGUGAUCCCGCCAAGAAGUAAAGCGGGCGGAGAGCGUAGAAAACUGUCCCGAACUACGAGACGGGGGCGUCCAUAGAAGAAUGGGGCGGGGGUGACGGAGGGGAACAGGGGAGAGUUGACCGACAACGGCGAAGAGAACGAAGGGAACGACGAACACGGAGAUAUCGCUGCCAGCCUUGUAUAGUCAACAAUAUCUUUUCUAGCAAUUAAAAAAUAGGUAUAUUGCGUGCCGGGAGAGGCGAAUACAGAGGCACACGCUUUUCAUUUCCAUCCUCACGAUCAUUGCACGUAAAUACACUUCCGCGCGCGUUACGACACUGCCUAGACUCGAUUUAAAUUUUUUCGGGACAUCAAGUGCACACGGGAGGAAUUUUAAGUAUCUCGAAUGUAGAUUUCGAGAGCGCCGUGUCGAACAGAGCAGCGAUACGGGGCUGGCGAAAUGUUUUAUUCGACACCAUUUAAUUUAAAUGAACCCUUUAUCCGAUAAAUUCGCUUUGCUUAUCACGCCGAGUUUUCCAUCCAGGGAAGAGUCCGAGACCUGACGGUCCGCCGAAGCAGUCGUGCACGAAAGCCGGCGCAUGUCAAACAUUUAUUUUUGCUCGCCGGCUAUUUCGUCCGCGAGUAACGAAUCGCGACGGAGUAGAAGGCUACCGGACGCAGCGCAAAUACCGGAGGCAAUCUUGUUUUAAGGACGGCGGUAAAAGUAAAGGGCGGCGUUUAAAGCGCGUCCUACGUUUGUCGCGACGCGCGCGCACACGGAUAUUUAAAUUGUUGCCCGUGAUCGACACGUGCGACACGCGGUCCGUCGCGUGCCGCACGCGUUGGGAUCGCCGUUACGUCAUGCUCGCAUUUUCGAUCACCCCGACGCGCGUGCAUUCAGCGAACCCUCCCCGUCCUGAUUCAUCCAUCCAUCCAUCCAUCCAUGGAUUGAGUACCUUUUACUUUACAACCGGAUAUUAUCUCUCUCUCUUUCGCGCCGUACUCUCUCGAUCGCCGCAUCGAUCGCCGCCGCGCGUGUCGCGUGUCGUUACCUCGUCUUUCGCCUCUCACUCGAAACGCGAUUUCGGACGGGACGGGGAAGCGUGCUAGACAUUAUUGUAAAAAAUUGGAAAUAAAGUUGUUUUUCGUGA